CCAUUUUUUCCUUCUACCCCUCAUUGUGCCACAUGAGCCUGGAGUAGAUAGAAAGACUGUAGUGGAGCGAAAGUUAGCAAGCAACCGAGAGAAAGACAGAGAGAGACUGGAGGGAGUCAUGCAGAGUGUGAGGCAGCCCAGCGGCAAUGCUUGAUGAACUGAACUGCUGACCAGUUCUUUCUUCACUUUGACUGAACCUCACAGGGAUCAAGAAAUCAGACGAGAGAUUCCUGAUCUGAAGAGAUCAACUCGUUGUCUUCGCUGAGGGGCAGAAAAACCAGGCAAGGACGUGGAGAGGAAAAAGAGAGCAUUAGAGACAAGGAGACAGAGGAGAGUUCUACAAAUGCGAAUUGGAGCAGAGGAGCACAAGGAGAUGCUCAGAGGGACAAGAUAGUGGCAAGAAAAGCAAGACAAGUAGCAAGUGUGCCCACAGAGACCGCUCAAAGAAAGGGCGACGCAUUAGGAGGAGUUAGAAGCUGUUGCGAGUCAAGCAGGGAGAGAAAGAACGAGACAAGACAGAAAACAGAGAGACAGUGUUAGAGAAGGAUGGCGAACUCAGGUCUACAGUUGUUGGGUUACUUUCUGGCGUUGGGUGGCUGGAUUGGCAUCAUCUCCACAACUGCCUUGCCCCAGUGGAAGCAGUCAUCGUACGCCGGCGAUGCCAUCAUCACGGCUGUGGGUCUGUACGAGGGGCUGUGGAUGAGCUGUGCCUCACAGAGUACGGGACAGGUGCAGUGCAAGAUCUUUGACUCCAUGCUCUCGCUGGACAUCCACAUCCAGACAUGCCGGGCCCUUAUGGUGGUGUCAGUACUGCUGGGCUUUAUUGGGAUCAUUGUCAGCGUGGUGGGCAUGAAGUGUACCAAGGUGGGAGAUAACAACCCAGCCACCAAGACCCGCAUCGCUAUGACUGGAGGAGCACUCUUUCUGCUUGCAGGUGCAACUGUUGUUUUGUCAAUAUCCAUUUAUCCUUUAUUUUUGUGUAUGUCUUUUUAUGUCAGCAUUUACACCUUAUGCCUUAUUUCCUGCAGGUAUGAGUUUGGCUCAGCCUUGUUUGUCGGAUGGGCAGCAGCCAGUCUGACUGUUCUGGGUGGCUCUUUGCUGUGCUGCUCCUGCUCCAAAGAAGAUAUGCGAGGACAGCAAUAUUACCGCCAAUCACAGCCUUCCACAGCAAGGGAACCAAAUGUUAAAAGUACCCCACCAGAGAAAAGGGAGCAGUACUUGUAGUUUGGGAGAGUCUUCUGGCCCUACCAUGGUUUAAAUUCUGUCAACAGACAAAACCCUUUCACUGAGAAAUUCAAAACAGACAAGAAUGAAUUUAUGAACAGCAAACACUCAAGCAUAUUGCAACAACAUAUAUUAAUCUUUGUUGAGAUUAAUGAAAUUGUUUGGGGAAAUGUUUUAUGAAUUAGAUGUACUUAGGGGGUUUGACAUCCUCAUCUGUGUUGUUGACUUUGGGAGAGACAGUCAUUCAGGGUAUGUUUUCUAUAACAUGUUAAAAAAACCCAGGUGUAUAUACCACCAACUUUACUCCUUUUUUUUUUUUUACUACAUAUAAUGUUUUACUACAGUGCCUUAUAACACAUGUUUGCACACAUGUAUGUGAAUUCUCUGUUUCCCAUCCCAUCUGAGGGAUGUGUGUCCACAGCUACUCUGCAAGGACUUGUGUUUCCCUUUGUUUCUAUUGUUGGAGUUCCAAAAACGAAUGUGAAGCUACUCUACAGUACCACUUAUGAACAAAAAGGACCAAUUCAUGAUAGAUCUCCCAUGUGUUGCCUUAUGCCACUGUAAACUCUGUGCCUGUUUCCAAGUAGUCCGGACUGAGGAUAUACCGAGUGCAUCCAUUGUGUAUCGUCAGGUGCCAAUAUGAUUUUGUGUGAAUGGAAGAGUCGUCGUAUUAUUGACUCUUAAGGACGUACUGUAUUGUGUGCUGUCUCCUGUACUAAGGAAUGCCAGUUUGCUGAGAGUUAAAAUGCCUGCAUUUAUUUACCAUGCCUUUCUUUUUCUCUAAUAUUUACCUCCUUCAUUUCGUGUAUCAUCUCAUUUACCUGUAUACCCGUCUGUUUCCUUUAGAAUGAAGUAAACAGAGAUGGAAAAAUGGA